AUGUCCACCUGUUAUGUAUGCAAUGAAUGUGCGAAAUUCUUUACAACACUGCAAGAACUAGAUGCACAUAUUAAAGAACAUUAUAUGGAAGAUGGAGAAACGGAAGAAAGUUCAGCAAGUAGUUCAAAUCUUUCACCGCAUGAUGAAAAUAUGGAAGCGCUAGAUUGUAGCGUGAAUUCAGUGUCGAAUAAUGACGAAAGUGACAAAUUCACAUGUCGCUUUUGUCCAAGAACUUUUGAAGAACUUUCUCAGAUGAAUAUUCAUUAUAAACACACACAUCAUGAUAAACCGCAUUACGAAUGCGAGAAAUGUAAUCAAGUGUUUGCUGUUAAGCGCGAACUAAGCACUCAUCAGAGAACACAUAGUGGUGAACAACCACAUAAAUGCAAAAUUUGCAAGAAAGAAUUCGGUACGAGACAACUCUUAAAGAAACAUACGAUGUGGCAUAGUGGACAACGGUCUCACGUCUGUAAAUAUUGUGCCAAAGCAUUUUAUCAGUUCUCUUAUAGGCUCAUCGAUACGUUUCAAAAUAUACCUUUGGUACCUUUUGCGACAAAUUAUCUAUGA